AAGUUGUCAGUUGCCUGGGUGCCUUGGUCCCUGACACAGCAGUUUGCCCGUACAAACAUAAAUACUACCAGAGUCGUUCUCUCUCAUCCACUCAUGGCUCCACAUCUCCUCCUUGUCCUGCGCAUCCUUUUCUUCCUCACCGGACUCUCAGAUGCACAGAGUGUGUCCACAGUGAGUCAUGUGUCUGUAAAGCAAGGAGGCUCCAUCACCAUCCCAUGUCUCUAUAAUCAGAGAUAUAGAAACCAUGUGAAAUACUGGUGUAGGGGAUAUUAUUGGUUUGGUUGCUCUACUGUAGUACGCACUGACCAUCCUGAGACCAGUGGAAAGACCUCAAUCUCUGAUGACAUCAACCAGCAAGUCUUCACUGUGACCAUGACAAGUCUUAGUCCUAGUGAUUCUGAUUAUUACUGGUGUAUUGUGGGGAGGAAGAAGGAGGCAGAUGAUGGGGCUAGACUGCAGAUAUCUGUUACUCCAGGUACUCCAGAACUCUAUGUGGACCAACAACAUAUGACUGGAGUUGUAGGAGGGAGUGUCACUGUGCUCUGUUACUAUAGUUCACAAGGAAGCACAGGGGGGUGGUGCAGGAUGGGAGGCUCUUGUGUGGCUGUGGGACAUUGUGGGGCUUUAGAUGGAACAUGUGUGAAGUUAGUGCAGGAGCAGAGAGAAACCACCAACAGUUAUGUCUUAAUGGUGACUAUGGGGGGAUUGAUGAUGGAGAACACUGGCUGGUACUGGUGCGAAAAGAGAGACCUACAGAUGCCUGUUCAUAUCACUGUCAAUCAACCAACCACAACGCAGAGCACCACCACAACAACACAAGCUCCAUCCACCCACCAAGCGUCACUAACCAGUGCUGAGUCUAACACUUCUCCCACAGUUACCCCUUCUGUUACAAACAGGGACAAUGUUGAAACUAACGAGAACACAGAUGAGAAGCACCAGAGUUUGCUGGUUGUCCUGUUCAUUCCUCUGAGGCUGUUGGUGGUGUUGAUAGCUGUUACCUUGGUCAUAUUGAAGAUGUUGAGAAAACAUAAGGACAAGAAGGCAAAGGACCAACCACCAAACACCACAGUACAGCCUGCUGACCCUGAGAAUGACAUUACCUACAGUACUGUGAGUCACACCAGAGGAACAGCAAAACAGGACCUAAACCCUGAGAGACAUGGUGACUUAUACAGCACUGUGAUUCCUAAGCAGCACAGGACAGCACAAAGGGCAGCAGAACCAGAUGAUGUGGACUACAGCACAGUGGCCCAACACCAGAGAUACAGUAGGUCGCAAAGAACCAGACGAGAUGUUGGGGGAAAUACUGGAGGAUCUCAGUGAACUAGGGCAUCAGAACAAAAGUCUCCAGAUUGAGUAACAUAUAAAGUUGUUUUAUUUGUCACCUGCCCCAACCCUUUGUCCUCAUUACCUCAUACCCUUUGUCCUCAUUACCUCAUACCCUUUGUCCUCAUUACCUCAUACCCUUUGUCCUCAUUACCUCAUACCCUUUGUCCUCAUUACCUCAUACCCUUUGUCCUCAUUACCUCAUACCCUUUGUCCUCAUUACCUCAUACCCUUUGUCCUCAUUACCUCAUACCCUUUGUCCUCAUUACCUCAUACCCUUUGUCCUCAUUACCUCAUACCCUUUGUCCUCAUUACCUCAUACCCUUUGUCCUCAUUACUUUAUUGUUCUAUCUUGUUAAUCUGCAUAUUUUAAAGACUGAACGUCUUGUACUUGUAAUAAACUGUGCCCAUGUUGACACUUAA